AGCUCGGAACUCAAAGACACUUCUCCACCAUUCCGGUUCGAAGCCCUUUUCGUAUAGGGUUGAGGCACGACGUGAGGAGGGUUCUAAGUUCCCACAGAUUGACCUGUUCAAGCAGGUUUACGUUCAUCCCAACAAUGAGAACAGUGACCAGCUUUAUGGUGAUAUGGUGGAAAAGAGCACUGCUAUUCUCCAAGAAGCAACAUCACAGCUUCCCCCGGAGACCCCGAUUGAGGACAUCAUUGUACCCAAGGAUGCAGAUGUUCAGAUCGUGACUGAGGUCCUGGAUCAGAAGUUCGGUCGUCGUCAUGGUAAGGUUGUUCGGUGUACGGGGAAGGCGGGGGUUCGUGAAACGGGUGCCUCUUCUUCCAGAUUGUCCACAGGAGAGGUCAAAUUCCUUGAAGGAGGAAGUGACAACCCUAAGAGGUCAGGUUGCGGCCCAGGGCGAGAGGAUGAAUAUGAUUCUUCAGGCCUUAGCGAUGUCCGGCCUCCAAAUCCCGACGAUGCCAGCACCUAAUGUUGCUCCACCUUGGACUUCCCAGCCAUUUCGCCCAGACGAUACCGAGUAGCAUGAUGUAUUAAACUUAGAAGACUUGUAGUUUUUUAUUUUUUUGUUCGGACAAACGUACAUUUUCAUAUAUUCUAUAAUUAAUUACUUUUUCUUGGUUUA